AUUCUCUCCAGAAAGUUCUCUAAGCCCUGUUAAACCCUAGAUCCUACAUCCUCAAUACGAGUUAUGGCUCUACACCCGCUACGCCUCCGUCGAACCCUAACCACUCUGGCCACUUUCCACCGCACUCUCUCCGUUUCCAACCAUUUUCCUUCAAUUACAUCCCCAAUUCCCAAUUCCAUUUCCGACCUCGCGUCACCUCCAUGUUUCGGUAUCUUCCUAUCUCGAUGGUUCAGAUCAUCGGGGGCUCCACUUUCAUCGCCGAGACAGUACAAGCUGUACAAAGAAGGGGAUGAGAUUACAGAAGAUACGGUUCUAUUCGAAGGUUGUGAUUACAACCAUUGGCUUAUCGUUGUUGAUUUCCCCAAAGAUAAUAAACCUCCGCCUGAAGAAAUGGUUCGUACUUACGAAAAAAUUUGUGCUCAAGGCCUCGGCAUCAGUGUGGACGAAGCUAAAAAAAGGAUAUAUGCGUGUAGCACGUCUACUUAUGAAGGUUUUCAGGUUUUAAUGUCUGAAGAAGAGUCUGAAAAAUUCAAUGAUGUACCUGGUGUGGUUUUCGUGUUGCCAGACUCGUACAUUGAUCCAGUAAACAAGGAGUAUGGAGGGGACAAGUAUGAGAAUGGUGUUAUCACGCAAAGACGACCACCUCCUACUCAGUAUGGUAGAAACCAAGCUGGUAGGUCCCGUCAAAAUUAUCAACCUCAACAAAAUUACGGGCAGCAGCCACCAUGAACAAUAGAGGUUAUCCUCCCAGAGGAGGUGAUCCUUCAUACCAGGGAGGGCAGGGAAAUUAUAAUCCGGGACGACAAAGGGACUUCUUUCAAGGGGAGCAGAGUAAUUAUAUGCCUCCUGAGCAAAGGGAUUUUAGAGGAGAUCGUAGGAACGACGCUCCUUCACAAAGUGGGAAUUAUG